AUACGACGCGUGUGCCAAGUGAAAUAAAAAAUACAUUUUGUGAUUGUGUGAACAUUUUUGGGAUUUCUCUGCCAACGGAUUAGGAUGAGUGCAUCGGGCAAAAGUCUACUUGGACUGUGGCUAUAUCGCAGCGGGGAGCAGGAAUGGUCCGUCAAGCAGGGCAGUCCACUGCACACGCUCAAGAAGGAUUCGUCAUCAUCCUCGCCGUCGGUCUCGUCGCAUGCAAGUCUCUCUCGACAUGCCUCUGCGCCCAGUGACAACAUUAUAUUGUUUUCACCCAAAAAGCAGGAUCGCUCGGAGGUGCCGCGUCUGCCGCUCGGUGGCACAGCUGUGGAUGCAGUGCGUCAGCAUUCGCCGGGCGAACGCAUCUCCAUUUUGUUCACGCUGAAGAAUCAAGUUGGCAAUUUGGCACGAGCCUUGCAGGUCUUCCAGGAGCUGGGCAUUAAUGUUCUGCACUUGGAGCUGUCACCGCUGGAGAUGUCCACCAAUCAGGCCGAUGUCCUGGUCGAUGUUGAAUGCGAUCCCCGUCGCUUGGAUCAGGUCGUCAAGAUGCUCAAUCGCGAAGUCGCCUCGGUCAACUAUACGUCCGUGAAUGCGCACAGCUUGGCCCGGGCCCCAUCCCUCUCCGCCUGCUCCAGUUUUGACUUUGGCGACAUGGUUUGGUUUCCGCGCAAGAUAUCCGACUUGGACCAGGCACAGAAUGUGCUUAUGUAUGGCUCUGAACUGGAUGCUGAUCAUCCUGGCUUCAAGGAUCCCGUUUAUCGCAAGCGACGUGAACAAUUCUCGGCUAUAGCCAACAAUUUCAAGCAUGGCAAUCCCAUUCCUCGAGUGCAAUACACACCGGAGGAGGUAAAAACUUGGGGCACCGUUUUCGUGGAGCUGCAUCGUCUCUAUCAGUUGCAUGCGGUGCCGGAGUAUAUGGAGAACUGGCCAGAUCUGGUCAAGUUUUGUGGCUAUCGUGAGGAUAACUUGCCACAGCUGCAGGAUGUCAGCAGUUAUCUGAAACGCAAGACGGGCUUUCAACUUCGUCCUGUGGCUGGUUACCUAUCGCCAAGGGAUUUCCUCUCCGGCUUGGCCUUCAGGGUUUUCCAUUGCACGCAGUACAUCAGGCACUCCUCGGAUCCCUUCUACACCCCCGAACCUGAUUGCUGUCAUGAACUCUUGGGCCAUAUGCCGCUGUUGGCCAACUCGAGUUUUGCCCAGUUCUCACAGGAGAUUGGCUUGGCCUCCUUGGGCGCCUGUGAUGCGGACAUUGAAAAGCUGGCCACUCUAUACUUCUUCACUGUGGAGUUUGGUCUCUGCAAGCAAUCGGACAGCAGCUUUAAGGUCUAUGGUGCAGGUUUAUUGAGCUCCAUAGCCGAGUUGCAACAUGCCAUAACCGCAAAGGAUAAGAUCAAGAAAUUUGAUCCAGAGUUGACCUGCAAGGAGGAGUGCAUUAUCACAUCCUAUCAGAAUGCCUACUACUAUACGGAUUCCUUUGAAGAGGCCAAGGAGCAAAUGCGCGCCUUUGCGGAGAGCAUACAACGUCCCUUUGGAGUGCGCUACAAUCCUUAUACGAGCAGCGUUGAGGUCCUGUCGAAUGCACAGAAGAUAACCGCAGUUGUCAGCGAGUUGAAGGGAGAUCUGAGCAUUGUUUGCGCCGCAUUGCGCAAGAUCUCGGCAACGGAUGAGAAUCUGGAUGUGGACAGCAUAGCGAACAUGUUGCACAAUAGUCUCAAUGUGCGUGCCGCUGGUGGCAAUGCCAAUAGUCCGGAUACCUCUGAGAACUUUAUAGCCGAAGGCGAUUAGAGCAACACUUGAAAGGGAAACUUGUUAUAAUGGGACCAUAUAUAUUGUACUAAACUAGCAUUACAGUCAAGCAGCGCUAUGAUGAACUAUAGCACAGCUUGAGUGCAUAUAUAUAUAUAUAUAUUUAUUGAUGUCUAUUUGUUGUUAAAAACUAACUUUAUUUAAACAUAUGUCUAACUUAACUUUACUUAAAUAAAAUCGACUUCAUUUCUCUGUGUCUUGGCAAUUAA